UAAAGUCUGAGUGUUAGGGUUUUAGGUUGUUGGAUGUGUUGGGGGAUCCACUGUUGCAGAAUCCAGUUUGUGACACCAAAUCCAAAUCACUAUUCACUAUGACUACUCAGACCCAAGAGGAGCUUCUUGCUCAACAUCUCGAACAGCAAAAGAUCCAUGAUGAUGAACCUGUCGUCGAGGAUGAUAAUGAUGAGGAAGAGGAUGAUGAUGAUGAUGAGGAUGACGAGGAUGAUGACCAUGCCGACGGACUAGAAGGUGAUGCAUCUGGUAGGUCCAAGCAGACCAGAAGUGAAAAGAAGAGUCGCAAGGCAAUGCUUAAACUUGGAAUGAAACCUGUAACAGGUGUCAGCCGAGUGACGGUCAAGAAGAGCAAGAAUAUCCUGUUCGUCAUCUCAAAACCAGACGUUUUCAAGAGUCCAACGUCUGACACGUACAUUAUAUUUGGGGAAGCCAAGAUUGAAGACUUGAGCUCACAGCUACAAACUCAGGCAGCAGAGCAAUUCAAGGCUCCUAAUUUGAGCAAUGUUGGAUCAAAGCCUGAAUCUUCUGCUGUUGCUCAAGAUGAUGAGGAAGUGGAUGAGGCUGGUGUAGAUCCCAAGGACAUAGAGUUGGUGAUGACUCAAGCUGGCGUGUCAAGACCUAAAGCCGUUAAAGCUCUCAAGGCGGCCGGUGGUGACAUUGUUGCUGCCAUUAUGGAGUUAACUAAUUAAUUGUCUGGUUUGUCUGAAUUUUAGAAUGUGUAGCUAUUUUUCUUUGUUGAUUGAAAUUUUUGUUUUCCUUGAAUUUGAAAUACUGGUUUCAGUGGUUUGUCAAUUGUCUGUAAUUGUUUGCACGGAAAGAAAAAGACUGUAGACUCAUUUGCAACCCAGUUUCGAUCUUGAGUGAGAAACAUAUGAUUACACACCAUUUGUCUUGCUAUUAUUUAAGACAAGACUUGGAUGACAAAACCUAUCACAUCUUCUUCA